AUGGGAAAUUUCGAGAUUAUUGAGCAACCAACUGGGGACCGAAUGAUGGGAGGAGGAUUAGUAAAACCUAAGGAUGAACGAUGGAAAAACUUUGCACCUUGCAUGGUUUCCAAAGACGCCGUCAAUUGUCUUGAAAAAGUUAAAUCAUUUGAAAUAUUCUUGGAUGACAUUAUUCUGACGGGAUAUCCGCGAUCGGGAACAACGAUUGUUGCUGAAAUGCUUUGGCUUAUUGCCAGUAAUUUCAAUUUUGAUAAAGCAAAACAAUUAGUGACUGACGACAGAGUUGCUUUACUAGAAUUUAAUGAUUCUACACAACUCAUACAGAAAGGAAAAGUUGUUGACACUUUUGCUACUUUAAGUCGACCUCGUACAUUGAAAACUCAUUUGCCACUGCAAUUUCUCCCCGAUCAAGUAUGGACAAAAAAGCCAAGAAUGAUUUAUGUUUCACGUGAUCCACGAGAUGUUGUCGUGUCGAUGCAUCAUUUUGAAAGUCAUAUGACUGGUCGUCAAUUGAAUGAAACAUUAGAUGAUUUCUUAAAUGAUCGUUACUUUAACUGUCCUUAUCAUGAAUUCCAUCAUAAUUUCUUAAAUAUUCCUAACUAUCCCAAUAUUCUUUAUUUAACUUACGAAUCAGUAACAUCAAACAUUGAUGCAACAAUUCAAAAAGUUGCUGACUUCCUGGGUGUGGAAAUUUCGAGUGAAAACUUUGUGAAGGUCAAAGAACAUUUAAAGUUUGACAAUAUGAAAAAAAACAAAGCUUGCAACAACACCUUAUUCUUUGAAAAAGUCAAUGAAAUUUAUAAGAAGCGGACAGACACUGACAAAUUUAUAAGACGAGGGAAAGCUGGCGGAUACAAAGAUGAAAUGUCACAAGAAUAUAUAGAAAAGUUCGACAAGUGGAUGGAAAAGAGAAACGAUGUCAAAACAGGUUUCCCAAAAAAGCAUUAA